AUGAAGGCCAUGGUUGUGAACGGUCGGGAUUUUCUGGUUGACCGCAACAGGCGACGCCCUGAGAUGAUGCCAGACUCUUUGCUUGUUCGACCUCACGCUAUCGCACUUAACCCGACCGACUGGAAAUCAGUCUCCUACGGGAGAGCCGCGGACGGCUGUAUCGUUGGCUGCGACUACGCCGGCGUUGUCGAAGCGGUAGGCAAGGAGGUCAGCAAGUCCUGGAGCCCAGGUGAUAGAGUCUUUGGUUGCGGGCACGGGGCAAAUCUCGUCAAUGCGGACGACGGUGUCUUUGCAGAAUAUGCCGUCGUCAGGGGUGAUUUGCAGAUGCGAAUUCCCGAUGGCUGGACCUUUGAGAAAGCAGCCACUGCACCUCUCGGGCUGAUCACUGUCGGCCAAGGUCUAUAUCAGAAGUCAUUGAAGUUGAAGUUGCCCACUGAUCCUGAAAGGAACCAAAACGUCCCGGUCUUGAUAUACGGCGGAACAACGGCAACGGCAACGCUUGCGAUUCAACUUGCGAAAUUAUCGGGAUACACGGUUAUCACUACAUGCCUACCGGAGCAUUUUGAUCACACAAGACGCCUGGGGGCCGAUUUCUCUUUCGAUUACAUGGACCCUGAUGUAGGUUCAAAGAUAAGGGAUCUGACGCGGAACGAGCUCCGAUAUGCGUGGGAUACUAUUAGCAUUACUGCUUCGGCACAGAUUUGCGCCGACGCCCUAUCAAGCCGUUCUGGCUUGGGGUUACGGUACGGAAAUCUUUUGCCUGUCAAAUCACCCCGCGAGGAUGUCGAAACAGUCACCACUGUCAUGUAUACUGCUUUUGGCAGGUACUUCAAGUUCGGAAAUCAAGACAUGUACGCCAGCCGGGAAGAUUAUGAGUUCGGACGGAUGUUCUACGCCAUGGCAGAGCAAUUAAUGGCACAGGGGAAACUCCAAACUCAUCCAGAAAUGGUGGGUGAAGGUGGCCUUAAUGGUGCUGUAAAGGGGUUCGAGUUGAUGAAGGCGGGCCAAAUUACGGGGCAGAAGUUGGUUUUCCGGAUUGAUGACACAAUAUGA